AUGCAUGUGGGCAAGGAUGGUGGGGAUGCAAGUAGUAAGCAAGCAGGCAGGCAGGCAGUAAUAUUGCUGCUGGUUUGUGUAUGGAUUGUAUUCGUGUGGAUGUGUUGUAUAAUAUCCGUGUUUUCUGACCGGCAUGAGGAUGGUUCUAGGGUGUGCACAGUGGCUGAGGCGGGAAGCAGGGAGGUGUUAAGGUCAGGGGGACGAACGGUGGAGGGGAUUAGGGAGGGAAGGAAGGGGAUGCUUGCGAUGGCAAUGUUACCUCAACAUAUAUAUACAGAAAGAGUACGUACUGAUCCUAUCCUACCACUUUCCAAUAUCCUGUACACCCGUCGCCUCGAUACUGUAGUCCUCUCUAGAGAAGAUGAAUCCUCCCACGGUAGGGAUGCUAUCAACCGCAUCGCUACCCCCUUCCCCUUCCCCUUCCCAAGACAGCGUCCCCAAAGCGCCAGGGCAAUCACCCCUCAAGACAGAGACCCAAACACCACCACCCCACCUGCUACAUCUUCAACCUCAUGCCCCGACACCCGUCUCAAAAAAGCAGCAACACCUCCCAAGCCAGCAAUCAAACAACCACUCAGCUCAACUCGACCCUAA